UAACAAGAAAAAGAGAAUGAUAUUCUGGACCCAACAUUUGUCGUGAAUGGAACAAUAAUAUUAAAUUACGAAUGCCAUCAUUGGCAUGAACCCCAAAUAUAAAUUCAUUUAAGAUAAACAUAAUUAAGUUAGCAUUAGCAAUGGCGGAAGGAUCUCAUCAUCUCACACCGGAGCCCAUCCCUUCUCCAAUGGCGGAAAACCCUGCAUCAAAAUGGGAAGGCCGAGUUACACAAACCUUAACCCUGGCGACGCCCGACCAGAUAUGGCCCAUGAUAAAGGAUUUCUUCAACUUCCACAAAUGGUUUCCAACUCUAGCUAAUUGCUACGGACUUUCAGGCACCAACAACGCCGAAGUCGGCUCCGUCCGAUUCUGCUCCGGCUUCUCAAUUCCCUCCUCCUCCGACGGCUCCGAUGGCGUUGUUAGCUGGUCGAAAGAACGCCUGGUGGGAGUGGACGAGGAGCACCGCCGCAUAUGCUACGAGAUGGUGGAUAGCAACAUCGGAUUCAAGUCGUACGUGGCGACGAUGGAGGUGGGUGAGGGCGGGGGAGGUGGGUGCGUGAUCGAGUGGAGGUUUGAGGUUGAGGCGGUGGAAGGUUUGAAGCUGGAGGAUUUGGUGAAGAAGUAUGAAGUGGGGUUGAGGUCCAUGGCCAACCGAAUGGAGGCUGCUGUAGUAGAAAUGUAAAAUUAGGGCAAAUCACAAACCCUUCAUUUGGGUUUUUUUUUUUUAUAUUGUAAUAAUCCCCUUUUGGCUUCUCCUCCAUCCUAAUUUCAAUAUCAAAUAAUUAUGAAAAAAAACUAUAUUCUAAAAAUUUAAUCUAACCUUCAUUCUACAUUAAAACGUGGAAUAAAAUAAUUAGUGAGUCUUUAAUUAA